UAAAAAAUUGUAAACACGUCUAGGGGAUUUCACUCUCUCCCACUUCGCCUCCUUUUCACGUCAAGUGUCAACCAGAAAGCGUCAAGAUGUUGAUGCCAAAAAAGAAUAGAGUAGCAAUCUACGAAUACCUUUUUAAGGAGGGUGUUAUGGUGGCUAAAAAGGACUACCAUGCACCAAAACAUCCCGAAUUAGAAACUAUCCCUAAUUUGGAGGUUAUUAAAGCUUUACAAUCUUUAAAAUCGAGAGGAUAUGUUAAGGAACAAUUUGCAUGGAGGCAUUUUUAUUGGUACUUGACCAAUGAAGGUAUUGAAUAUUUAAGAACGUAUCUUCAUUUGCCACCUGAAAUUGUCCCAGCAACACUUAAAAGACAACUUAGAACAGAAACUGCGCGUCCUAGGGCAACAGCUGUUCGAUCUGAAACAUCAAAACCUGCAGAAGAUCGCGCUGGGUACAGAAGAGCACCUGGUGGCACUAGCGGACCUGAUAAAAAAGCUGAUGUUGGAGCUGGUACUGCUGAUGUUGAAUUCAGAGGAGGUUUUGGACGAGGGAAACCUAAUUAAGUGUUUUUGUAAAGUAAUUAUUAUAAAUUAUGACCAAUAAACUUUCUUUUUGGUGAUACAAAUGA